AAAAAUGUUCCAAAAGCAAGGUUGUCUUGAAGAAUUUACACAAUUGAAUGUAGUCUUGUCUACAUACACGACUACUGUAUGCAAAUUGUGAUAGGAUAUGCAUUACUGCUGUGUAAAUAACAAGAAAAUAGAAGCCAAACCAUAACCUUUCGUUAUUAGCAAAUAAUGAAAAAUCGAAAUAUUUUCGGAUGAUUAAUGAUGGUGUAAAUAAGGGAAGAAUUUAUUUAAUUUUCAGCGCAGCGCUAUCUUUUUUCGCUGAUAGUAAUUUAUGACAUAUUUGACCAGCAAAGUCCUUCUAUGUUUUUGUGAACUAUCAAUGCAAUUCAACAACAAUGUGUUUUACGUAUUAAAUAGCAGCAUAAAACACGUCGUAAUGUAAUUAUGUUCCCAAAUAUCUGUGAACCGUUUAAAAAAACAAAAAAAAGCAGGCUAUCACAGAGGCAUCUCUAUUUCUGGGUCCUUCCUUAUACAGGGACCGUUCGUGUGACUGAGACUAGAGCCCCAUGUGAGUUCAGCGAGGGCAAGUGGCAUCAUUCAGUUCAUUUUUACUUCAUUGUUGCUAAUUACAGUUUUUUUCAGCUCCCCUGGACCAUUACAAUGUUUAGGAAGAAGGUGGACAAUCGGAUCCGAGUGCAGAUUGAGAAUGGAGUGGCGGAGCAGCAUCGCACACUGUUUGUGGUGGUGGGAAAUCAUGGGAGGGAUCAGGUGGUGAUUCUGCACCACAUGCUGUCCAAGGCGACUGUGAAAGCCAGACCCUCUGUCCUGUGGUGCUAUAAGAAGGAGCUGGGAUUCAGCAGUCACCGCAAGAAGAGAAUGAGGCAGCUCCAGAAGAAGAUCAAGAGCGGGACCCUGAACAUCAACGAGGACGACCCCUUCGAGCUGUUUGUCGCUGCCACUAACAUCCGCUACUGUUACUACAACGAGACGCACAAGAUCCUGGGCAACACCUUCGGCAUGUGUGUCUUACAGGACUUUGAGGCCUUGACUCCCAAUCUCCUGGCCCGGACCGUUGAAACAGUUCGGAACCUGCUUUGUUGGGACCCGGUGUCAUGCAGUUGGCUACGCAGUUUCACGACCUGGGUGACAGACGCAAGUGCACAACACGUGUAUCAAUUUCCCGGGAGCGGCUUGUUACUGACGCUUUCAUCCAAGCUUCUCUGGAUUCAACCAUCGGCCCAAAUGUUGAUUGGAGCAAAUCCCUCCUCAUUGCUGCUGUAUUCUGGUUCAUGUUGCGGCACAAUCAACAAAAAUAUGGCUAAACAGAAUAAACAAACCUUCGUGCAGGCGUGGCUGUUAUUUUGUAGGCUUACGAACAGCUGUUAUGAAUUUGUCUCUCCUCACAGCUACUCCAACAUCUUUGUGACGUCCCCCAGCCCUGACAACCUGCACACCCUCUUUGAGUUCAUCUUCAAGGGCUUUGACGCUCUUGAGUACCAGGAGCACUUGGACUAUGAAAUUAUCCAGUCUUUAAACCCUGAAUUUAACAAAGCUGUGGUCCGCGUCAACAUCUUUAAGGAGCACAGACAGACCAUUCAGUAUAUCCACCCAGGGGACGCGGUGAAACUGGGCCAGGCAGAACUGCUUGUCAUAGAUGAGGCAGCUGCCAUUCCCUUACCGCUGGUCAGGAAGCUUUUGGGUCCCUACCUCGUCUUCAUGGCUUCCACCAUCAAUGGCUAUGAGGGUACUGGGCGCUCUCUCUCCCUCAAACUGAUUCAGCAGCUAAGACAGCAGAGUGCUGAGAGCCAGCUCAGCCUGACCGCCGAGAACAAAACCACCUCCACAGCCCGCCUCACAUCGGCGCGCUCUCUUCACGAAGUGACUCUGCACGAGUCGAUCCGCUACGCCCCUGGUGACGCAGUGGAGAAGUAGCUCAACAACCUGCUGUGCCUGGACUGCCUCAGCAUCCCCCGCAUCAUCUCCGGCUGCCCCCUGCCUCAGACCUGUGAGCUAUACUAUGUAAACAGGGACACACUGUUCUGUUACCACAGAGCCUCAGAGGCCUUCCUGCAGAAGCUAAUGGCUCUCUAUGUGGCUUCUCAUUACAAGAACUCUCCCAACGACCUCCAGAUGCUUUCCGAUGCCCCCGCCCACCACCUCUUCUGUCUGCUCCCUCCCGUCCCCACAACCCAAAACUCCCUGCCCGAGGUGCUCGUUGUAAUACAGGUGUGUUUGGAGGGAGAGAUCUCUCGGCAGUCCAUCUUGAACAGCCUUUCACGAGGGAAGAAAGCUUCUGGGGACCUCAUCCCCUGGACCAUCUCUGAACAGUUCCAGGAUCCGGAGUUUGGUAGCUUGUCUGGAGGGAGGAUCAUUCGCAUAGCAGUGCAUCCAGACUACCAGGGGAUGGGCUAUGGGAGCAGAGCCAUGCAGCUGGUCCAGAUGUACUUUGAGGGUCAGUUCCCCUGCCUGGAGGAGAAUGCCUUGCAGACAGCCAGUGAAUUCACUCACGUCAACAGUGAGGCUGUGAGUCUGCUAGAAGAGGUGGUAUCACCCCGGAAGGACCUGCCCCCUCUGCUCUUGAAGCUGAGCGAGCGUCCAGCGGAGAGACUGGACUACCUUGGGGUCUCCUACGGGCUCACCCCCCCGCUGCUCAAAUUUUGGAAGCGUGCAGGUUUUGUCCCAGUGUAUCUAAGGCAGACCCAGAAUGACCUGACUGGGGAGAACACCUGCAUCAUGCUGAAGGAGCUGAACUCAGAAGGGGCAUCUCAGCAGAGCAACUGGCUCCCUGCCUUCUGGAAAGAUUUUCGCAAGCGGUUCCUGACACUGCUGUCCUACCAGUUCAGCAGUUUCCCCCCUGCGCUGGCACUCAACAUCCUGCAGAACAAGAAUGCGAAGCAGGACCCAGAUCCUCUUCUGAGCCGUGCUCAGCUUGAUGCUGACUUCACUGCCUACGACCUGAAGCGCUUGGAUAUGUAUUCCAGGAACAUGGUGGACUACCAUCUUAUCAUGGACAUGAUCCCCAGCAUCGCCAAAAUGUUCUUCCUGAAGCAGCUCGGAGAUAUCUCGCUGUCCGCAGCGCAAUCAGCUCUGCUGUUGGGCAUCGGUCUGCAGCACAAGACUGUGGACCAGCUGGAGACGGAGAUUGAGCUUCCGAGUAGCCAGUUAAUGGGGCUCUUCAACAGCUUCAUCCGCAAAGUGGUCCAGGUGUUCACCAGCAUUCAAGAGAAAGCUGUGGAGGAGCAGAUGGUGGCUUCCAAAGAGAUAGUGAUGGAACCCACGAUAAAAACACUCACUGAGGAUCUGGAUGAAGCUGCCCAGGAGUUCCAGGCAAAGCACAAGAAGGAGUUGGAGAAGAUCAAAGAGAUGGACCUCACACAGUAUAUGAUUCGUGGAGACGAUGAGGAAUGGAAUGCUGUUUUGAACAAGGCAGGGCAGAGCGCAGCCUUGGUCACCCUAAAAAGCAAUAAGAAGAGAAAGCUGCUGGAUGCUCCCGAGAAGGAAGAGCCUCGGCAGAACAAGAAACUGAAGAACAAGGAGAAGAACAAGACAAAGAGAGGCAAAUUCAAGAAGUGAGCCGCUGCAGGGACUUUCAGAGCUGGCAUUUAGGAGUUAUGUGUUCUUUUUAUUUUAAAUACAUUUCGAUAUCGAUUUAAAACCAACCAGAGCUGUGCUUCGGGUUGAAAAAUGACUGGCUUACUGGCUGGGGGAAAUUUAGACCCAUCGACCAUCUCUCCCCAUCAUUGUAACAUCUGGGGUCUGCAGGUGGGAAACGGCCUGUCUCAAAGGGCGACCAACAGGCCUUCAAAGCUCAAGAUUAGUGAAGAGCUGUAGACUUGAAAUGAAGCUUGAAAGUAAGAAAUGGAUUUAUAAUGUCUGUAUGAUAUGUAAAGAAAUAAGAAUGGUUAGUGGAUGUCUUUCUUUUUUUCAUUAUUUAAUUGUUUAGUUGUUUUCACAUACAUAAAAUAACAUUUCUGUAAAAAGCAAACCCAUGUAAAAUUAGAUUCGCAGACAGA